AUGCUAGCGGAGGCGCAGAACAACCGCACGGUAGCGGCGACCAAGGCCAACGAGCGAUCCUCGCGGUCGCACAGCGUCUUCAUCCUCCGGCUAGUGGGCGAAAACUCGGCCACGGGCGAGCGGUGCGAGGGCACGCUCAACCUCGUGGACCUGGCGGGCUCGGAGCGGCUCAAGCACUCGCAGGUGGAGGGCGACCGCAUGCGCGAGACGCAAAACAUCAACAAGUCGCUGUCGUGCCUGGGCGACGUCAUCGACGCCCUCGGCCGCGGCUCGGCCCACGUGCCCUAUCGCAACUCGAAGCUCACCCACCUACUGCAGUACUCGCUCGGCGGCAACUCCAAGACGCUGAUGUUUGUCAUGGUGAGCCCGUUGGAGGCGCAUCUCAAGGAGACGUUGACGAGUCUGCGGUUCGCUGCAAAAGUUCACAAUACGCAUAUUGGCACUGCCAAGGCCACGAAGAAAAUUCGAGACUCGUAG